AUGACCAGAUCUCACACUGCACUCUACAAAUUCCACGGCCAAAGGGCUUGGCACCGUGUUCAAGACACUGUCGGGUGUCAGGAGCAAUGUGGGUGGUGGGGUGGUGCGGCGGGGAUCUGGUCCCCACAUGCAUCGCCACACCGCGUUGAUCUCACCCAAGUUCCGCAGCACACGGCCAUUUUGAUGUUCGGGGACGUGGUCACUGUCCAUGGAUGCUGGCCAACCAAACUCCUAGCAAGCCGUAUAUAUCUGUUCUGCGCCUGGCGAAGCGAUUCUCAUUCACCGCCACCCAUGAUGCUCAUCACGCCUCUCUUGUUCAGCAUACUUUCCUUCGUUGCGGCUGCGCAGCGGACUGGCGAAACGGUCUGCAACAGCGACCAGAACCUUUGCGUCCUAGCCGUGCCAGACACUCCGACCCCUGUUCCCAACGUCCCAGGAUCCAACCUUGCUGCACGGUAUCAAUAUGGGCCUGGGUAUGGAUACCCGAGCACUACCCAGUCGUCCCUACCCGGAUACACCACAGCACCUCAACCUGGAUACACUCAGCCGUCGACCGAGGACUCGGACGCUCGUCGGCCCAUCAGCAACCUGUUGUUGGCUCACAUUGUAUGCGGCUGUCUCGCGACUCUGCUGUUUAUCCCCCUCGGCAUCUUGGGGCCCCGUGUUGCACGCACUUUUACUACCAGCCGACUGUGGUUCCCGGCGCACGCAUCUGUGCAGGGUCUCAUCAGUACCUCCCUGGUCGUUGCUACCUAUAGCUGUGCCCGUGUGCUCACGCAGCAACAGGAUACCAGCAAUCUGGACUCGCCCCAUAGGGUAGGGUAG